UUGCUUUCGGCUGAAACACCUUGCCUUGGGAGGAGAAUGCGCGUACGGAGCAAACCGAUUUUAUGCCUUAUGGUGCCAUUAAGAAGCAACAAAACGGAAUUACGUACACUCAUUCGCUUGGGGAAUCCGUAAACCGGGUUAAAGAGCGCAGAUUGUGCCGAAGCGAGGCGCAUGCCAGUGUUGAGGAAGUGCUUUACAAGCACGGCUAUCAGUAUGUCGCAUAUUUAGGACUGCGGAAAAAGCGGGCAGCGCAAAAUAUUGGAAUUUAUUGUGCUAAUCAAGGACAGAAAUCUGAGUGGCCAUAUCAGGUUCAAAGCAAUAAAGGUCACCCGCUGCUGUGGAUAACUAAAGUAACGCAACAAGCCGUGGACCGUAAUAACUUUUCCGUGGAAAUGCAGAUUGCACGGGAUUACUUACAAACCAAGAUUCCGACUAAGCAUAGUACUACCCCUACUCUGGCCCGCACCCAAUCCGGAAAGAAGAUCCAUCCUGCGCCGCAAUUUGAUAGAGCGAUUCCAAAAAGAGAUGAGCUGUCGUUAACGCAGCUGGCCAGCGAACUGAGCGUUAUGGGGCAUAAGCUAAUGGCGAAUGGGUUUAUGGAUUCGGCCACGCAGGAGUUCCAACAAGCCAAAAACCUACUGGAGGCCGAAAUGGCCAAGAAACAGUCCAAGAAACGACAGAAAAUGUUGGUACUUUUGCUGAAUAACUUAGCAUUUCUGCACUUGCAGCUGAACAACAUGGACGACGCUAAGCAGUCGGCCGAACGAGUACUCGAAAUGGAAGCCGCCAAUGUGAAAGCCUUGCUCGCACGCAGUUUAGCUAAUUUUCAACUGGACAAUUAUCACGAUUCCCGGCGGGACUUAUGCCAUCUGGUGGAACUGCAAACUGACCGGAAAGAUAUUGCCGUGCUCCUGCAAAUUAUGGAGCUUGCAAUUACGUACCGCAAUGUCACACGCAGCCAACACAGCAACGAUGAUCGCAAAGACAACAAGUUCUGGUCAAUUCUACCGGAUCUGAUUAAAGGCAUCCGGAAGGACGUCAAAGAUGCCGCGCGCGAAGAACCUCAUCGCAAAGAUGUGGCGCUUCUGUUAACGAUGGUUAACAUUCUGGAUGACGCGGUGAAAGAGGUAGUGCAGAUGGUAUCCCAGAAAUCCAUCAAAGGCCUGGCGCAGGUGCUGCUGGAAAGGAGCGACCGGGACGAUUUUCUCGUGCCGGUUGGAUGGCUGAAUGUCGUCCUGCAGGCUACCAACGAUAUUAUUCGCUUUGGAAAGGACUGGCUGUUGGAGCGGGAUGCUGUGGGUUUAACAUUGAGGAUGUUGGGAUUGGUUAUUGCGGCGAAACGCGCAUUUCUCUAACUAAGUUCACUUGUAAACUCGGGAAAACGAUUUUUUAACAGCAAACCCAUGUCGAUAGUAACCUUUGUUGUUUAUACGUCUUGCAUCCUGUAGAUUUAUUGAAAUAGUUUUGCAAGUUUGUCUGUCCGUGAUCA